GGAGCCGCCACGUCUUGUCGUUCUUCCUUCGCGUCCCUAAAAGCGGGAGCACGCUCUCCGCUCUCCACUUGAUACACAAUAUCGUAUAUAGCGCCCCAUUGCGCCCGUAUAACCGACAACUCCAUCAGGACGAUACCGAUACCACGCGCCCACCAUGUCUGUGAUGCUCACCAAGUUCGAGUCGAAAAGCAAUCGCGUCAAGGGCCUCUCCUUCCACCCGACACAACCCCUCCUCGCCGCAGGCUUGCACAAUGGCAGUAUCCAGCUCUGGAACUACCGCAUGGGCGUGUUGGUGGAUCGCUUCGAUGAGCACGAAGGCCCUGUGCGUGGCCUCGACUUUCACCCCUCGCGAGCCCUGCUGGCAUCAGGCGCUGACGACUACCGUAUCAAAAUCUGGGAUAUCCGGCCCCAGAACCGACGCUGUUUAUUCACCCUGAAUGGGCACUUGGACUAUGUGCGCAGUGUGCAGUUUCAUCAUGAGAUGCCAUGGAUCAUUUCCUGCUCGGACGAUCAAACAAUCCGGAUCUGGAACAGUACGUCGCGUAACUGCAUCGCGAUUCUGACGGGACACUCGCACUAUGUGUUCACGGCGUUCUUCCACCCGAAAGACGAUCUGGUCGUUUCUUCCUCGAUGGAUCAGACCGUGCGAGUGUGGGACAUUUCCAGUCUUCGCCGCGGGACGCCGGGACACGCGUCGUCGGCCUCUUCUACGCCUGGAAUCGGUGGAGCGCCGGGUCAGUUCGAGGCGUUUGAUUCGUUCGCCACUGUCAAAUACGUGCUCGAGGGUCACGACCGUGGUGUCAACUAUGCUGCCUUCCACCCCACUCUUCCGUUGAUCGUGUCCGCUGGUGACGACCGAGUCAUCAAGAUUUGGCGUAUGUCGGAGACCAAGGCGUGGGAGGUCGAUUCUUGCCGUGGGCAUUUUAACAAUGUCUCCACUGCGUUGUUCCACCCCAAACACGAGCUUAUCGUCAGUUGUGGCGAGGACAAGACGAUCCGUGUUUGGGACCUCGCCAAAAGGACGGCGAUCCAGACAUUCCGCAGGGAGAACGACCGCUUUUGGGUGCUCGCAAGCCAUCCGAACCUCAACCUCUUCGCAGCUGGCCACGACAAUGGAUUGAUCGUCUUCAAACUCGAACGCGAACGGCCAGCGUUUGCAGUGCACCAAGAUACACUGUACUACGUCCGUGACAAAUACGUGCGCUCCUACGACUACGCAACUGGAUCAGAUGUUGGCAUGCUGAGCAUCCGCAAAUUCGGCAGCCCUUAUGUCCCACCUCGGACGCUCAGCUUCAAUCCGGCCGAAAGAGCGGUCGUUGUCACGGUUGGCUCGGAUGGGGGCAUGUACGAGCUCAGUUCGUUGGGCAGCGGUGCAAAUGGUGGCGAGGUCAAAGAUUCCAGCACAGAUGGCAAGAAGGGCGCCGGGCAGAGUGCAAUCUUUGUGGCAAGGAAUCGGUUCGCUGUCUUGCAGAAGGCCACCCAGUUGAUCGAGAUCCGGGAUCUUGCCAACGCGAUCGUGAAGAGCAUCAAGCCUCCCGUGCAGACGAACGAGAUCUUCUAUGGUGGCACAGCGAGCCUCAUCUUGAGCUCGACCACCUCGGUCGUAUUGUACGAUAUCCAGCAGCAGAAGACGCUAGCAGAAGUCAACUCGCCCCCAGUCAAGUACAUCUCCUGGAGUGGUGAUGGAUCGCUGGUUGCAUUGAUGAGCAAGCACACCAUUACGAUUGCGAAUCGGACAUUCACACAGAGUAGCCUGAUCCACGAGACGAUUCGCAUCAAGUCGGGCGCCUGGGAUGAUUCGGGCGUCUUCAUCUACUCGACCCUGAACCAUGUCAAAUACUGUCUUCCCCAAGGUGACCAUGGUGUGAUUUGCACGCUCGACAACCCAGUUUAUCUCACACGCGUCAAGAACAAGACCGUGCAUUGUCUCGAUCGCUCCGGACGCCCUAGGACGAUUACCUUCGAUCCCACGGAGUACCGCUUCAAGCUCGCUUUGCUCAAAGGCAAUCAUGAGGAGAUGUUAUACAUCAUCAAAACAUCAACCUUGUUGGGACAGAGCAUCAUCGGUUAUUUGAAAGAGCGGGGCUGGCCUGAGAUCGCUUUGCACUUUGUGCAAGACACAAACACCAGAUUUGAGCUUGCUCUAGAAUGCGGGAACCUUGAUGUCGCGAUGGAGACCGCCAAGGCAAUUGACCGGGAAGACUGCUGGGAGCGAUUGGCUGGACAGGCUCUGAAGCAGGGUAACCACAAGGUUGUGGAAAAGGCCUACCAACAGAUGAAAAACUUCGACAAACUGUCGUUCUUGUAUCUGAUCACUGGCGCGAGCGACAAGUUGGGCAAAAUGCAGAAGAUUGCAGACGCACGUGGAGAUCCGAUGUCGAGGUUUCACAACACGUUGUACGGAAAUGACGUCGAAGGUAGAAUUGCUGUUUUGAAGGACGUUGGGAUGUAUCCCCUAGCAUAUCUGACUGCCAAAACGAAUGGCCUGCCUGAUUUGGCUUUGGAAAUUCUCGAGGCAGCCGGGCUCACGGAAGCGGAUGUCGACGACGUGCCGGAUUUCGGGCAGUCGACGUUGAGGACCCCUAGUAUAGUGACUCAAACAGGGGAGAUGAACUGGCCCGUUAUUGCCGGGCCCGGCAGUGUGUUUGAAAAGGCGCUUCAAGAAGGAUUUGAGGGUGGUGUAGGCGAGUAUGCUAAUGGUGAUGCUGCCCUGGACACGUGGGCGAAGGACGCGCAUCAGGAAGCGGAAGACUUGUUGGAGGAGAACGUCGAUCCGGAGGAAGGGGGCUGGGAGCUUGAUGGAGAUGCGGCUGGAUUCGAGGGUCCCGGUGCCGACGCUGAGGAUGAGGAUGACCAAGUCGAAGACGAAGAACUACCAGCUUCAGCACCAGGGGUCAGCGAGACAGAGCACUGGGUUCGGAACUCGCCAUUGGCUCCGGAUCAUGUCGCUGCUGGUUCAUUUGAGACUGCCAUGCAGCUACUCAAUCGCCAACUGGGAAUCGUUAACUUUGCACCACUGAAACCGAUCUUUUUGUCGAUCUACCGCUCUUCCCACACGUAUCUCACCCCUGUUGCAUCGCUGCCAGCUCUCCAGUUGCACGUCCGACGCAACCCAGGCGAGACGCAAAUGAGCCGAGUGUUGCCGGUUGUCGUUCGUAGCCUGGCUGCGGUGCGAUCCGAGCUGGGCGAUGGAUUCCGAGCUGUAUCGGCGAACAAGCUGGCCGAUGCCCAGAUUGUAUUCAAGAGUGUGCUGCUGCAGUUGUUGCUAGUCCCACUGAGCUCGGACGACCAGGCCCGCGAGUGGAGAGAGCUGGUGACUACCGCCCGCGAAUACCUCCUCGGUGUGUCGAUCGAGCUUGAGCGCCGACGAGUUGCGGAGAACGACCAAGAGGUGAAACGGAAUCUGGAGCUGGCCGCGUAUUUCACGCAGUGCAAGAUGCAGCCUGCGCAUAUCCAGAUCGCGUUGCGGAGCGCCGUGAGUGUUUUCACCAAAGCCGGCAAUCAGGCAGAUGCUGCGAGAUUCGCCAAGAGGCUUCUCGACUUGAAGCCGGACGCAAAGAUCGUUGCUCAGGCUCGGCAACGCAUCGCGGCUGGCGAGCGAAACCCUCGAAACGCGGUGGAGAUCUCAUACGACGAAUUCACACCAUUUGAGAUCUGCGCAGCAAGCUAUACGCCAGUAUUCAAGGGCGGAAAUGCUGUGUAUUGUCCGUAUACGAAUGCCGCAUACCAAGCAGAGUACAAGGGAACUUUGGACAGUCUUGUUGGGCUGGCGGAAGUCGGUGCUGUUGCAACUGGGGUGCCAGCACCAUGGUCCUGAUUAAAUACAUACUCAAUUAUUAUAUUCUCAUGCCAUCGGAUUCAAAAAUACCUUCAAGCCCAGUCACGAUCACGUGUUGGUGACGAUACGUGAGCCUCAGCCUGAUUCUCUCUAAUCCUCUUCUUCUAUGAGUUCUGGUCCCUCCCCCGUCCGCGUCAACUCCUCCCUGCUUCCGCGCUUCGUCGGUAAAGAUGUACGACUGAUUUGCAAACCUAUCAACUUCAGCGGUACUGGCGCCGUUGUAGCUGCGUCUGACGGAGGCCAGGUUUCCGUCACGCUUACUUCGGAUUCCAAUCUGGGGCCGAACGAGUACUAUGAGGUGUUAGGCAAGGUCGUAGACAAGACGACGGUGCGAAUGUUCCGGUAUACGAGCAUGGGGAACGAUCUGGAUAUGAAGCUCGUGAACGACACCAUUGAGCUCAUGCACGAUCCGCGAUUCUAUUCGACCUUCUUCAGCCCUGAAUAGCGAGCGGCACACGGAGUCUCCCCUCUGUACACCGAUCAUGUUAUUUGUACCGAAACUGCUUUGCACGCAUCGUCUCCCGUGCUCGAAUGUAC